AUGCCUCUUACCGAACGAGUGCAUUCAGAGGAGCACUCGCGACUCGCGUCAUGCACUGUGCUCGCAACGGCUCGUCGUUCCUCCCGCUUCCGCCGUGUCCUCUUCGUCCCCGCCGCUGUCUCUCCCUGUCUCUUCAUUUCCCGCCGUGCCUCCUUGUGCGGCGCGACCAACCAACUCUUCCUCUCUCCAACCAGACACACUUUUACUCGUGAACGCUGUAUCCUCCUAAUUUUGGAGAGCUUGACACUUCUUUCUUCUUCUCGGUCCAUCUCCCCCCGUCCCCACCUACCCGCGUCCCCGCGUUCCCACCAUCCCCACGUCUUCACGUCUUACCUCCCCACCUCCCGACCCCCUCCUCGUCCCAACCUGCGGCGGUGUUUGCGCAGGGUACUUGCGCCGGAGCCGAGCCAUUGCGCCUCGCACGCCGCGGCGAACCAAUCAUUGCUCUCCUCGAUCAGAAAGUCGCCGCCGCAUGCUGCCGAUGUCGCAUCAUCGCAUGCGACAAUUCUCGAUCCUCCACGUCCACUCGCGGCUGCUUAUUUUUCGCCAGUGUUGGGCGGUACGCACGCCUGCGAUUCGCGAGACGUUGCUGGAAACGCCGACACCGCCGGUGGUGGCGGCCGAGAAAAUGCGGCAGAUGGAAACGACUGUCCUGGCAGCAGCGGCGACGGCGAGAUCACGGAUCGGAGUGGCGGCGGCGGCAGCGGCGGCAGAGUCGGCGGCAGCGGUGGAUACCAGGGCGCGGCGCGCAUUGGAGGAAGCAACGGCGUUCAGCUGCGCGCCUUUGAAGAGAGCACCGCCGCGACGUGCGGCGGGGAAGUCGCCGGCCGUCGUCGCGCUGACUGCGACGAGCGCCGCUACCACGAGCAGAACGGCUUCUGGCAGCCGUCCGUCUCCGCGAAGCGAAAGCGGCCAUUCUGCUACGACGACGGCGGCGAUGGCGACUCGCUGGAAGGAAGGACUUAUGAGUCGACGAGGCGCCUUACUUGUACGCCUCAAACGUCAUUCUACUAUGAGUCGUUGGCAGGACUGUCGGACCCAAGCUGCGCCGAUCAUUGCGCAUCAAUAUGCCUCGCAGGCGAUUGGUCGACGAGCAGACGGCCGCCGGUGGACUUGACGGAGUCCGGCAAUGUUACGGCGGCAGAACAACUUGUUGCAGGUGGCGGUCGGCAGGAUGAACAGCCUUUCGGUAAUCCGCAAAACCGGUAUCAUCCGCACAGCCAUUCUCAGCAAGCCCCCAUUGCCGGCCUCUUCGAGCAUCCACGGGGGCAUCCGGCGGCAGAGGGGACACGUGCGACUGCGAGCGGCGCGGCUGAAUGCGCAAGCGUUAACGAGACGGCGAGAGAACCCGCCGCCUCAGGGGAUACUGGCGGAACGGGCGGAUGGGGGGACUGCAGCGCAGAGGGAAACCCUAUCGCGGCUGGCGCAGCGCUAGCGCGCGCACCGACUGGCGGAGUCCGCCUGGGCGGAGUGACUGCGCCGGCCCAUCAAGCCGUCCACGCACAGGCGCAGGAGCGUGCCGCUCAGACAGCCCCAGAGCAGGAACGAGCGCCGGAACCGCCAGCCGGAGGGACGAGCGGAAAGGCACGCAUAGCAGCCGAUGCAGCAGGUGGUGCAUGCGCAGGCGCAGACAUGGCAACAGGCGCAGCGGCGGCAGGUGCGGGUGGUUCGUUAGGUCCGCCCCCCAUCCUUCCGCCUUCCAUGGUGGCCCUCCCUGCAACUGCCCUGCUGCCACUGCCCUGGCAGCACCUGCUGCCCCACCGCCCCUCCACCCACGUCCUGCUACCGCUGCCCUCUCCUCCCCAUCUCCCCGCUUUGCCCCAGCCCUUGCCGCAGUUGCUUACAUCACAGCCCCAGAUACUAUCACAGCCUCAGUUGCUAUCACAACCCCGCCUGCUUAUAUCACAGCCCCAACUAUCAUCACAGCCUCAGCUGCUUAUUGCACAGCCCCAGUCCUCAUCACAGCCCCCACUCCAGUCUCCUCAGCCCUUCCAGUCGUCCCCCCUCGUCCAAGCACCGUGGCCUGCCAUUGCACCCACACCAACACACAGGGUCGGUUUCUCGACCGUUGCCCCCCACCCUCUGCCUGCCAACUCUUCUGCACUCGCCGUCACUGGUGCUGCCGCAGGUGGCGGGCGGCAUGGGGUGGGCGGCGGUAAGGGGGAGGGCAUGGUGGGCGAUGAGGGUUGUGAUCAAGGGCAAGGGCAUGAUGGCGAUGAUGAUGCGACGAAUCAGCGCAAGCAGAGGAGAAUGCACUCCAACCGGCAGUCAGCCAAGCGCAGUCGCCUUCGCCGCCAGCAGCUGCUGGAGAAGCUGGAGAUGGAUGCUGCAAAGCUGAGGGUGGAACACAGUACGUUGUGUCGGAGAGAGGCGGAAGCAACAGAGAGAGCUGCUGAGCUGCAACAGCAGCAAGUGAGGUUGCAGCAGGAGAGGGACGCAGUAUUAGCGAGAGUGAAAGAGCGUGGUUCUGGCAGGCACUUGCAAGAGCAAGGGCUACGGGUCCAUUGA